CUUCUCUGUUUUAGGCGCUCUUUCCAAGCACUAAGAAUUGGCAGUCAGUGCAAUCCGUCUGCUUUGCACCAAGUGUUCAUCCAACCAAUGUGGCAUUCCUCCUUAAGAAGGGAAAGCAAUUCCUCAAUACGCCAAAGAUGGAAAACAUCAAUAAGGACAAUAUGAGCGCCACAGACUUGCAACAUUUAUUGCACCAAAUGCAAAGAACAACUUCCAUGCUGGAAGAGAGAUUGUCCAGCACCAUAACCCAUGGUUCAUCAACUGGAUUAAGUUCCAAGGACUUUCCACUAUUUAAACUGCAGGGACAUUUUCAUCUAUGCCAAAAAAAUGAAAAACAUUGUCUGAAGAGGUCACCAGAAUGCCCAGAGGAAGGGUCCCCCAUUUUGAUACCAAAUAUCAGCAACAUCGACACGCAGUCCACUGCAGAAAUUGAAAAUGAGCUGGGUGCUGCUGCAAUACUGCAAAGUCUUACCAGUCUGGUGGAUGAAGGGACACCUCCUCGGUCUAACUAUGUCAAUGUGAUGAGGGACUCUGUUCUUGAAAGUGCUUUUAGAGCAUUCAAAAGACAAAGAUUUUCUCCUUGGCAUAGGCUCAAUGUUACCUUUGUCGACACUGCCGGGGUAACAGAGGGAGCUGUGGAUGACGGGGGGCCAACUAGGGAGUUCCUUCGCCUGCUAAUCACAGAAAUAAAAGACAGCUCUUUUUUUAAUGGCCCCGACUACAACAAGAAUCUGUCCUUGGUGUCUCGGAGUGUAGAUAAUGGCGACUACAGGAAUCUGGGACAGAUGAUAAGUGUGGCCCUUGUCCAUGGAGGAAUCAAGCCCUUAUUUUUUUCCCGCCGAUUAUACCACAGCAUAGCCAGUCGUCCAACACCCCCAGUCACUCUUGAAGAAGUGGAUGACAGAGAACUGCAGGAGCAACUGCAAAGGGUAAUAACUGCAGAAACUCUGGCAGAAGCACGGGAUGCCAUAAUGGAGGCUUCAGGUUCUCUUUGUCUUCUUGGCUGUUCUGCGGGUCUCCGAAGUCUGGAUGAAAAGGAGUACUUUACACAACAAGCUCUAAGGGCAUAUGUCGAAGGAAGGACACAGAAAGCUUUGGAGCAAUUUGUGGAUGGGAUGAAUGCCAUGGGCCUUGCUGAAAAAAUAAGAAGCCACAUAGAGGAACUGGAACCACUAUUUGUGGGUGGACCCAAAGCCCUUCAGCUCCAGGACCUCCUGGAUCUUUUCAGUGUAUCUUUUGCUGAACCAGGAAGCAACAGGCGCAGAGCACAGAACCAAACAGUCAUGUUUUGGAAUAACUGGCUGAUUGAGGUGGAUAGUAUGGCUUCACAUUGGAUGCUUCAAUUAUACCGUAGUUUUCCUUCAGGCAUUUGAUGAGCGUGCCUAAUUAGAAUUAAUCUUUGAUAAUGACUUUUCUAUUUUUUUAUGAACUGUGUUAGAUUUCAUGCUUCCAUUUUUAGACCCAUCCUUCUAAGAGACCAACUAACAUGAAUAACACUGUAAUCUGUACAGGACAUUUUCAAUUACAAUAGAUGUAUCAACUCUUUAAAGAAGCAAUAAGCGUAAUUUCACCACAAGGUGGUCUGUUGAGCACUGUCUGUGGAGCAAAACAUAACAAGCUACACGUCUCUCUACCUCCACUCCAGCUGGAGUGGAGGUAGUGUUUUAUUGCUUACUCAACAUACAGGUAUUGCAUUGCUCAGAAGAUAUUUGUAGAUUGAGUGCAUUAAAAGAUCAAUACUUAAAUAUCAAAAUUACUUUACUGUAAAUGCCAUCCCUGUUUUAAUGUCCGGCCUUUCUCAUGUAUGUAGUUAUUGUUAUGAAACCAGUUAAAGAAUCAAUUGAUAAUUAGGACACUUAGAAACCACAGUAUAAUGUCAAUGUAACAUUUUUUACUUUCUGUGUUUUACUUUUUAUAGAGGGAACACGACCAGUGACACUGGAACAAAUAUUAGUGUUUGUUUCAGGAUUGAACUCAAUCCCCCCACUUGGGUUUCCCCGACGUCCAACCAUUGAGUUUCUUCAAUGUGAUGAUGGCAGUAGAAAACUGUAUCCAGAGGCGAACACCUGUGAGGUCACUCUGCGCCUCCCCAUCCACCAGACCUAUGACAGCUUUCUGCUCUACAUGGAGUCUGGCCUGAUACAGGCUCCAACGUUUGGAUUCCUUUAGAAUCAAACUUGAUUUUUUUGUUUUGUUGUUGUUGUUCUAGUGUGUGAGGUCAAAGGUUAGUUUCAUUGACAUCAGUUUAAGUUUGUCUGCGAUAUAAAAUAAAAUAAUGCAUUUUCAGUUAAAAUGAAAAAAAGUUAUUUUCAUGAUUGUCAGUUAUGGUUGCAAAAUGUUUGUAAUUUGUGAGAUGAGCAGUUUUGGUUGUGGAUUUAUUUCAUUAUUUUAAGGAACAUAUUCUUGCAAAUAAAGCCUAUAGUGACUUUCCCCAA